AUGAAGUACGUUCUGGUUUCUGGAGGUGUGAUCUCCGGUGUGGGAAAGGGUAUUAUUGCCUCGAGCUGUGGUCUCCUGUUCAAGACUGCUGGUUUGACGGUGUCCACGAUCAAGAUUGAUCCCUACCUGAACAUCGAUGCUGGUCUUAUGAACCCUUUAGAACAUGGUGAAGUGUUCGUUUGCGACGACGGUGCCGAAACCGAUCUGGACCUCGGAAACUAUGAACGUUAUCUGGGUGUGACUCUGGGAGGUGACAACAACAUCACGACCGGAAAGAUCUACGACCACGUUAUCAGGAAGGAGCGUCGUGGUGAUUACCUUGGAAAGACAGGUUGGUUUGAAAAUACACUGGGUUCUUGUCAUCGGUACUGA